UCUGGGAGCAGCAGGCGGCUCUGCGCUCGCACUCCGGCUCCGCAGCUUCACCGCGCGCUCUCCUCCCUGCUCCCGCCGCAGCCCCAGGGCCCCUCGCCGCCGCCACCAUGGACGCCAUCAAGAAGAAGAUGCAGAUGCUCAAGCUCGACAAGGAGAACGCCUUGGAUCGAGCGGAGCAGGCGGAGGCCGAUAAGAAGGCAGCGGAGGACAGGAGCAAGCAGCUGGAAGAUGAGCUGGUGUCGCUGCAAAAGAAACUCAAGGCCACCGAAGAUGAACUGGACAAAUACUCCGAGGCUCUCAAAGAUGCCCAGGAGAAGCUGGAGCUGGCGGAGAAAAAGGCCACCGACGCUGAAGCCGACGUAGCUUCUCUGAACAGACGCAUCCAGCUGGUUGAGGAAGAGUUGGAUCGUGCCCAGGAGCGUCUGGCAACAGCUCUACAGAAGCUAGAGGAGGCCGAGAAGGCAGCAGAUGAGAGUGAGAGAGGCAUGAAAGUCAUUGAGAGCCGAGCCCAAAAGGAUGAGGAGAAGAUGGAGAUUCAGGAGAUCCAGCUGAAAGAGGCCAAACACAUUGCUGAGGAUGCCGACCGCAAGUAUGAAGAGGUGGCCCGUAAGCUGGUCAUCAUUGAGAGUGACCUGGAGCGUGCAGAGGAGCGGGCUGAGCUCUCAGAAGGCCAAGUUCGACAGCUGGAAGAACAAUUAAGAAUAAUGGAUCAGACCUUGAAAGCAUUAAUGGCUGCAGAGGAUAAGUACUCGCAGAAGGAAGACAAAUACGAGGAAGAGAUCAAGGUCCUUUCUGACAAGCUGAAGGAGGCUGAGACUCGGGCUGAGUUUGCGGAGAGGUCAGUAACUAAAUUGGAGAAAAGCAUUGAUGACUUGGAAGACGAGCUGUACGCUCAGAAACUGAAGUACAAAGCCAUCAGCGAGGAGCUGGACCACGCUCUCAACGACAUGACUUCCAUGUAAAUGUUCAUCCACCCUGCCUGCUCACAUCUGUGCCCACACGCUAGGAUGAGCAAUUCGCCACCACUCCCUCUUGUAUCUCCAGAAUCUCCGCCUUUACACGUUUCUACUCACUCUCUUUGCACAAUCUAGGAUAGUCAUUGUUUGUUUUUUUUCACAUUCUACUAGUAUACAGGCCAAGUAGCUUGUCUUUACAAACUGUCUUCCUCUCAGAAUCCAUUCAUUUCACAUUGUCUCAGCUAGAUCGUUCCCACCAUGCAGUGAGCUCGCAUAGAAGUGACUCGGGCACUAUACUUUUAGGAACGUAAACUAGGCUCAAGUAAAAUCAGUAAGCCAUGCAGUUGUGCAAGAAUUGCCCAAGAAAUAGCAAAAGUCAGUUUCCUGUGAUUCAAUUAAAUAUAACGUGAACUUUUUUUUAUUAAAAAAAUACAAAUUUAAUGACUGAGGCUCUGAGAGGAGGGAAAUUGAUCCAGAACAGCAUAAAGGAUGUUGCUGUAAAACAUCACAUCUUUCUUUUAAGAAUUUUAGACAAAAAUGAACCUUCUGCUGAGUAUCCAAGCCUUUAAUUUUCUGUUUAUAUAAAAAGAAUUAACAUACAAAUACCACAACCUAUGUCAAAGAAAUGGGACAUAAAGCAUAGGUUGUGUGCUCUUAAGCACAUCAUGUAUUCUUUAGGAGGGAUUUAAUUUUCUGUUUAUAUAAAAAGUAAUAUACAAACACCACAACCUGUGUCAAAGAAAUGGGACAUAAAGCACAGAUUGUGUGAUAUGAGUUUAGGGUUAAUGGCCCGGCUUUUACUACUGCUGGGCAGUAAGGGUGGAGUAGAUAGUCUUAAUCUCACGAGAACCUGGAGCAUACACAACUAACUUUCAUGUUACUAACCAAGCCUGAACACUGAACCGGUUCUGCCCCACUAAAUUCUAACUUGGAGUGUUUCACAGAGGCUGCCUUUUAAUCUCACAAGAUGGCACUGAAUUCCACAUAAGCUGGGAAUUUCGCUUUCCAGGCCCACCUGUCAUUCGUUUACCCAUGCAGAAAAAUGGUAGCCUGAAGAGUGUUGGCAUGUGUCUGCUGCCUUACACAUUAUAGAAUCAUCAUGCUACCCCUGGAGACGUGACUGUUACCAUGGAAACUGGAGAAAAUUCCAACUUCUCUCCGCUCAUUUAUAAAUGAGGGGGUAAAUCAGAUCAUCUGUCUCUGAUUGCUAAAAUGUGGUGAUUCUAUGAGGAAAACUUGCAGCAUCAUGUUUGGUUAUGUACUCUGAAAGGUGGGCUUAGCUUAAAAUCUGUUUCUGAGUUCUGCUCAUGGGUCGUCUUACUGUGAUCCCUCCCGCAGAAGAGGCUGGUGCUGGCCUGGGGCCCAGACCCUGGUGGGCAAGGAUUUACAUCCUCCCGCAGGUUUUGCAUGUCUGCUUCUCACCUUUGUUUCGAGAGCUGCUCUCAUUUGUUCGUUUGGCUUCCGUUUUCCAUUGUGCCACUUUUUUUUUUCUGUUUCUCCCACCUUUUCUCUUCAUGCAGAUAAGUAUCUUUGCUUCACUUCUCCCAAGACCCCUUCAUCGAGCUGGAUGUCCCACCUCUCUGAGCUCUGCAGUUUGUCUGUUCUCCAGCUGACCCUGAUUCUUUCUUUUCACAUCCUGCCUUAGGGCCAGGUUCACACUGUGCUUCCUCUUGUACAGAAGCUCCUCGUUUCAGUGUAAAAUAAACACUAUGUAAGCUGUUUCUGUUUGCUAUUCUUUUUACUUCUUAUUUAUUGAUAUUUUAGUUUCAACGCUGAAUAAAACCACAAAUCUGCUUCACACACAGGAGGGUUAAUUUUUGGCUGCUGCUUUGCUUUUUUUUUUUUUUUUUUUCCUAUUCUGAACAUCAUUCAUUAAUAUCAACAGUCUCUAAAGCUGUAGUUUCUUGUGGAACUUUUUCAAAAUACACAUGCCUGGGUCAUUCUCUGGGUUUUGGUUUGCAAAGGUUAGAGUUAGGUCCAGGCAGCUGUGCUUUUUAGGGAUUGGAAUGGUACUGGUGUGUGAAAUGGGUUGAGAACCUCCACACAGGGGAUUUUGCUUGUUGAAGCCAGAAGGUCUGCCUUGAGCAGGGCCUUCGUGUGCAAUAUUGAGUUUGGGAUGUGGUGAGCCUGCUGUGUUGGUAUUUACAUCUAAAUGUAAAAGCACUCUCCUGCUUGAGAGUGGGGAGCUAACUAAGGAAAGGCUGCCAGCCCACACAUAUCCUAAAAGAUGAACAGGAUGUGGAUACAAAAACAAUGUAAGUUGAGAUCAUUAUUGAUCAUUCUUUUACAGCACAAAGUAUAUUCAUUCCUCAGCCACCUUCAUUUUGAUCAUGAGAUGACAUUCUUAGGUUUUACGAACAUAUGAGUAUGUUCAAGUCAAGAUUUAUUUUUUUGCUCUUAAGCACAUCAUGUAUUCUUAGGAGGGAUUUAUACUUACAUAAUCUUUGUGAUAACUUUUUUUUAUUUGUGAAUAUUUUUAAAGCAUAGCUAUUAAAGUUGGUUCUUUUUUUUACCCCCUAAAAAUAAUAGAAAUUGUUCAGUUAUAGUUUAUUUUAUUGGUUAUAUUUAUAAAUUAAAGAAUAGCAUGUAAGUGAUUUUUUUAAAAACACAUCACAAAAUUAGAACUUUAAAAUGAUGUGGAGUUUUCUCUCUCAAUGCCCAACACUUCACAUCCUCAACAAUCUGGCUAUAUUUCUCCUGUGUUUUAAAUGUGAGUGAUUGUUAUCUGUGUAUAGUUUUUCUGAGCCUAAGUACUUAUAUAUCCCUAUGUUCUAAUAAAUUUGAGCAAACUGAAAAUGUCAGUCACUUUACAAAGACUUCAGAACAGAGUAAAAAUACUCUUUUUAAGAGGGCUGUGAAUUUAGUAGUGGUAUAAUAGACUUUUUAAAAUUUAUAAUCUAGACAGUCUCUCUCCCUGUAAUUCCUUACUUUUCUUUUCCUAAGGCUCCUUGGGCCUGCUUUUGACUAUGAUUCCUACUUUGUUCUUUUAAAAUUCAGAGUAAUAAAAGUGGGCCCUUUUCUGAGUAACCCUGCUUCCUGCCAUAGAAAAAAAUGACAGGUCUGAAAGUUGUACAGAGCAGAUGUUUAGUUAAUUCUGGAGGCACACCAGUUUUGAGGGAACCAUUCCAGAGACUCUCACACUUUCUCUAGGUAUAUUCUAGAGGGAGAAAUGGGAAACUGAUGGACUGCAAAGGCAAUCUGGAAUAGCCCAAGGACUUCCCUGGCACUCCAGUGAUUAGGACUCUGUCUUCCAGUGCAGGGAGCCCAGGUUCAGUCCCUGGUCGGGAAGCUAAUAUCACACAUGCCACAGGGUUUAGCCAAAUUUAAAAAAAAAAUCUGAAACAGCCCAAGAAGGUAUGGGCACACAAGAGGAUAAAUAGCUAGUUGAUUUUAUCAAGAAAUCGUUGGGGCCCAGGCUUCUAGCUCAGCGGAUCAUGCCAUCAUAGAGGCGGCGGCUGCAAUAGCCUUGGUUGGACCAAACCCCAAAAACAUUGCUUGGCAGUUGACACCCCAGAUAUUGGGGAGGUAGAACAGGAGGGAAAAAUAUUUUCAAACAUAUAAUACUCCCAGGCCCCCCAAGCAUACCAGUUCUAUGGCAGCCAAAGUAGAGCACGUCCAAACGAGGACAUUGUAAGGAUACUGUCAUUUAAACUGCAUUCACAUCGACCCUCUGGGUUCUCUGGGGUUUCUGCAGAGUUCUUUCAUCCCAGCUUGACUGUACAUUGGUUCAGGAAGCUAAGACAUCUACAUGCCCAUGGUGAUGUCUCACAUGUGAGAGUGUGAAUGUGCUGCUAGUGGGGUUAAAUUUUGCAACCCCCAAGCAUGCAGGACAUUGUGAAAGGUAGGGAGGAUGUGGUCAGGAGAUGAACUGGAAAUGUUCUUUGUUCUCAGUGAGCUGGCCAUCUUGUGGGAAGAUAGAUGAGUGAAGCAGGUCUGACCUGUGAAGCAGAUGGUGUACAUUUAGAGUCCAUGAGGAAUAGAGACAGUAAUUCUGACUGGGAGCUACCUGGAGAAGAUGACAUUUGACUGGGGUUUUGCAUAUUCAGAACAUUUGGAUCAGCAAAGAAGACAAGGUGGAGAUAUUCCAAGCUAAAAAAACACAAUGAAUAUAAGGUAUUCCUCAUCUCCUACCAUAUGUGAAAGUGAAAGUGUUAGCCGUCUAGUCGUGUCCGACUCUUUGUGACCACGGACUGUAGCCUUCCCAGCUCCUCCGUCCAUGGAAUUCUCCAGGCAAGAACACUGGAGUGGGUUGCCAUUUCCUACUCCAGGGGAUCUUCCUUACCCAGGGAUCAAACCCAGUUCUGCAUUGUAAGCAGAUUCUUUAUACAUGAGAGAAUAUUAAAAUGAGAAUUGAUUGAUUUCCCAACAGACCUGGGAACUAGAAACUGAACAUUUUUAUUCUCCCCAGGUGUAGGAUUGUCAGCUCUUCAGGAUCAUUAAGAUAGAGAUUGUGGGUUUAGGUUGUCACUGGCAUGCAAGACAGUUCUGUAACCUCCAGCUUUCCGUGAUAAGGGCCAGUUUCUUAUCCUUGUUUGGGCAUCCUCUGGUAUCCCCAUCAGAUAAAAGCUGACCAGCAGCUGCCUUCUUUGCCAAACGUACUUCACACCAGUCUCCAUGUGGACAUUUGGGAUUUUGCACAUGUCCAUUUAGCACCAGAGAAUGCCAUCCUUUUUAGAAAGUCAGCAGUUAAAUCAGUUUUGAGCGGAGUAAGUGCUUAUUCUUUUGCUGUGUGUGUAGAGUAACACACCCUAUCUCUAAGCUGGAUGAGAGUUUACGCUGUGUAGCACAGUGACUAUGGUAGAGACAUGGAGCUUAGUUCUGCAUUUCCAAAACUGUUAAUACAGUGGCAGUGGCCCCUCGAGGGGCCACCUGAGAGGAAAGCCAGCCCUAGGAGUGGAGAUGAAAGGGUUCCAGGAAGGGAUGAGCAGAAACGGUAGGUUAAGGUUUUGCAGGAAGCUCUCAGUCACUGAGCCCUACAAGGAGUGGAUGGCGUACUAGGCUCACCUCCAGCCCUGCCCCAGUUCCUGAGGCUGUUGCCAGAAGCUUCAUUGGGCCCGGUUCACAUGGUGGUUUUAGUGAGAUACAUAAGGAACAUGCCCCCUCUCUCCUCCUCGGAUCCUGCCGAGGAGGAGGAUCCCUUUCCUCCUCUUGUUUCCCUUUCCUCCUGCCAAGAGAGGAGUCCUGUCUCUUCCUUGGUCAGCCAGGCCUUCCCUGGGCACAGGACAGCUUCUCAUGGGGUGAGGGGAACCUGCUCAGCAAGUGACCAGCACCUGAGGUAUCUCUGUGUUCUGUUUACUCCCUCUCACCAACUCCAGCUAACCUCUCUUCCUUCUGCCUCUUCUCUUCUGCUAACCUGCUUGCUGACCUGUACAGAUCAACUCUACCAGCAACUUGAGCAAAACCGCCGCCUAACUAACCAACUAAAGCUGGCCCUGAAUGAGGAUUAAACUUAAGUGGGGAAGAACCUGGGCUGAAUUCUAGGAAUGCAGCCCGUGUCAGGAAGUAUAAGACUGCCAUACCUUCAGAUAGUAGGAUUGAAAAUGAUUGCUUUCUGCAGAAUUCUGCAGAAUUGAACAUGAAUCAGUUGAAAGGUUGGCCUUGCCUGCAUUUUCCUCUUAUAUCUGGAAUAAUUAAGUUCUCUUUAAUCCCCAAACCGCUUUUAUGGUAAAAUUACAUCUGUGUAUAUGGGUCAAUGUUUAUAAUCAGUUCAGCAUUCAUCUUUGCAAUAGCAGGUCCUCUUAUUUGGACUGAUGCAUAAUGAGAACCAAAAAAAUGUUUUCUAUUUCCUACAGAGAACUGAGUCUUGCUUAAAAUUAGAGAGUCAAAGCAGAGGAGUGUGUAUCAGCAUAUAUAUAUAUAUAUAUAUAUUAUAUAUAGGAUGUGAUAUAUAUAAUAUAUAUUCCUAUUGCAUAUUCAUAUUUCUAACUUCUAAGUAUCUGGUAUAGUGUUUGAAAUAUGAUUAAAUGUACCUAUGCUUGGGCAAAAUAGCUUUUGAAAACAGGAGUUCAUGUCAGAAGUCCCCGAUUGUCUGAAAGGUAUGCUUUUAUUUAGUCUUAACAGUGUUGUUGGAAUCUGGUGAGAAUGUCAUGCUAAUAAUAAAUAGAACACUGUGAGAAUAAUAAGAGAAUGUCCUACUGGAGUGUGCAUGAAACAUGUUGGUUAUUUUUUUUUUUAACGAGCAACAGAAAUAAAUCCUUGAAACGUUGUCAGAAGGCCUAGUAAUGUCAUCUUUGUUUUCUCUGAGAUUGUGUUACAAUGCAACUCUCAGACCUUAACUGCCUGUAACUCAGAAAUGUCUGCUGCUGUUAUAACUUGAGUGCUGCGAGCACCUCUCCCAGUUCCCACAGCGCAUGACCAGUGAACAUCCACCAGCCCCACCUGUAUUUUGCUCCCCGUGGUUUGCUGGUGGAGAUUCACCUGGCCACUCUGUGAGAGCCUGCUGUGCCUGUGGUUUCUUCAGGUCCAAGACAGCUUCCCCUUUGUAGGUCCCUGUCUGGAAAUGAGUCAUGUCUUACGAGCAUGCCUGGUCCUAAUCAUCUCAUCCUGUGUUUGUGAUUGAUGUUUGCCUGCCUAAGUGUACAAACCACUGCUGUGUCCAAAGCUCAGCUAUUCAUGACUUAAUUUUCUAAUCCCACCACAGAGAAAGUGGCUCAUGCCAAAGAAGAAAACCUUAGUAUGCACCAGAUGCUGGAUCAGACUUUACUGGAGUUAAACAACAUG